GUCGUGGUAAGCUUGGAGUGUUCGAGUGAGUGUAGAUCUCGUUGUAUCGUCACGAUGGCAUCGCCGAGCUCUUCCGGGCAAAUUACUCAUCCAGAGGUGAGAGCAGAACAGCACACGACCGCACAGCGCAGAGGUGCACGGCCGGUGUGUCCCGCAGGCGUCUGUCGGUGCAACGUCGUGUCGGUAUCGUGUGGGCAGCCGCGUGCUGAUGGUGUCGGACCAGAGAAGGGACGACAGGUUCCAGUGGGUGGAGGCCGAGGUGUACAAAAUGGAGCCGGCCGAGGGCGGGACGCGGGUGUGCAUGCGGGAGGUGGGUGGGAUGGAUGAGGAGUUUGAGCCGGUCGUGGUGCCACACACGACAGCGCCAUUCCAACGACUCGAUACUAUAGACGCGGUUGGCAUGGCACACACACAGGCAGGGAGAGAGAGUGGUGCGGCAUCACGGUGUACACACAUCCCUCCUUGUAUGUGUGUGACUGUGUGUCAUCCAUCAGGGAUGCGAUGGGUUCCAUUACUUCGGCCACGUUCCCCCGACGCAUACAUCCCUCUGCAAAGCGUGGAUGAGGUAGGCAGGCCUAUCAUGCAGAGGGAGGGAUGGCAUAGCUUUUUUCCACAUCCGGGUGUGCAGGUUGAUGCGGAGCGUUUCUGUGUGGACCCGAGCAUCAAGCCGCGCGAUGCCAAGGACCCGCUGUCCUUCCUGUUCCUGCCGCCAUCCUUCAUGCCCCCCCUCCCCACCGACGUCAUCACCACCACACUUCUCCCCCUGUGUGGCGCGGACGCCCUCGCACUCAAGCUCAAGAGCACCCUCUGCUGCACCUCAACUUCGGUCGGCGCCGCCAUCGGCUCCGCUGCGGUGUCGGCCAUCGACAGCAUCAUCGAGAAGUGCAGCCUCACGGGAGCCAUCGGCAUCGGCUACCUCCUCCGUCGGCACCUGCAGCGGCAGCCGGGUCGGGCGAUGGACGUGCGUCGGCCAUUCCGACUGAUCCGGCUGCACUACCUGAUGGUGACGGGGGGCGACUGGCGCGGCACCGUGCCGCUGCUGCGGAUGGCCAAGAGCUGUGGACGAGUGCAGCGUCUGCCCAUCGAGCUGACGGGCGACGACCUGCACCACGUGCCCAGCAAGGCCGUCAUCGACAGCCGGCCGCCCAGCAUCCGCCAGUACAGCCUCUUCAGCCACCGACUGGGCACCUUCAUGGAUCUGACGCGCAAUGCCCACGGGCGGGAGGUGCUGGGCGGGCGUGAGGUGAGAGUGCAGACGGUGCCGGUUCGAUUCGAUGAUCGAUUCGAUGCCGCGGAUCCCGCGUGCGGACGUAAGAGAGGGGAGGGCACAGCACCACAGGAGAGGCAACUUGACAUUGACGGUGUCUGCCGCUGUGUGUGUGUGUCUGCAGACCAUCGUGACAAGUUCGGCAGCUUCCGUGAGUUGGCCAUUGAGAGGUAUGCAGCGACUGAAAUGAGAGAACACAACACAGAAAUGUGUCGUGUUGUCUGCCUUUCCGCUCCCUGCUCUUUCAGGUUGGCAUUGCUGUCGUCGCAUGUGGUGUCGGAGGCCGAGAAUCAUCUGUGGCCACUCUGGCGCGUAUCGGCCGCUAAGGGGGAUCGCAUCAGUGCCCUGAUCGACCAGCAGCGUCGUUCGUCGCUCCUGUGGGACUGUCGCACCAUCAACUACUACAUCGCCGGCCGCUACUACAUCGCCGGCCGCGCCUCCUACCGACUCGUCAUACUCUGUGGCGACGAGGAGGGCGAUGACUUUGCGGCAUACAUCUGGAUGGCCAGGUACCCUGGUGUGCGGGCAUCCAUCAAGCUCUACACCACCGAGGCGCCCCGGCAGGGCGUCACUGGUCGUGCUGCCUUCCCCCGGGCAGUGGCCAUCGCCCGCAACAAGAUGGACCGCCCCUCCUUGGAGCUGCUGCCGGCCAUUGGACAUCUGACUCAGGUGCACACACGCGACACACAUGAGGGGAGGGGAAGCCAUGCAAUGUCUGUCCACGUCUAUUGCCUUUUCUCUUUCCUCCUUGGUGCGUGUCCGCAUCAGACACCUCGCCGUCCCCGAGAGGCCUCGCGAGCUGUCUGUCGACCGCCUGGGAGGGCGGUGAUGUCGUGAGGGGCGUUGUGAAUCGGCCGGCAUUGGGGGGCGGGUGGCUGACUUGAAUCGACAGAUGGGUGAGUGCAGGUGUGUGGCUACUUGUGCAAGGAUGC